UUUUUUUUGAGCUAAAAGUUUCAAGCUUCAAAGAGAUAAUUAUAUCUCAUAUUCAUCACCUUGAAUAUUAACUUUAAACACCUUUUACGGGCCUGUAAGAAGCAUUCUCUAUUCAAAUUCAAGGAAAUAAAAUCACCUUUGAGUUUAUCUAUUUAGGCAUUUACCAAUCUAAAUAAGUUAUGAUAUUUUAAAAACCCAACGAACCAAACUUAAACCCAAUCUAGCUUGUUAUGGCCUGAACUCAUGUCCUUACUAAUAUUUAAUUUACAAAUAAUGCUCGCUUUCCCAGUGAAAGAAACUUAGUUUGCCGCUUACUGCUAAACUCGGCACAUUCAUUCAGUGCUGGACCAGAUUUAUCUUUGCAGCAAUAAAAUAUUCAAGACACAAGCAUAUCAACUUACGAUUUGCCUGUCCUUGCACUUUUUCUACCAAUUUCACAGAUUUCCAUCAACUUGGCUCCUGCUGACAGUUGAAUAUUUCCCCGAAAUCCAAAGAGAAGCAGCAGAAGGAGAAGGAGCAGCGAACCAAGGGGAAUACAAUGGCAAGUUCUCGUGGCUGGGAAAACAAAUGACUAGACGAGAUUACAGCAGCAUUUCUGCUGAUUUUCAAAUGAAAUUUUAAUGAAUGCACAUACAGACACACACACACACACACACACCUACAUGCAAGGCAAAUAUCCUAGAUUUCAAUGGCGAGUGCCAGGAAUCGGAACUGAAAAACUGUUUUUUGUGUCAUUCGUGCGUCAACGAAAUGUGAAAUCUCCAGAGCGCCAAAACAGCCAAAAAUCUGUCUGCCUGUCCAAGUGUCUGUCUAUUUUGGACAUCAACGACCCCAAAGGCACUCCCACUUGGCCAACAGUAAAAUUUAUCCAUAUACAUUUACAGGCUAGGGAAAGGACAUAAGGUAAGGAACAAGGAUGUGUUCUAGCCUAUGAGAAAAACAGUAGAAAUCUGUGUUCAGAAUAAGUUACUUUUAAAAAGUAUUUUUAUAAGAUAUUUUGGAUACUUUAAGUAUUCAAAUUCGUUCAAGAUUUUUCGUAGUAUUUAUUAAGGUAAACUUCCCCUAUUAAAAGAAAGUAUCUCAUAGUCGAGUAACUAAAUUUUGUAUCUGUGACCCUGUCAUUUAACUAUUUAUCAGCGAGAACCUUCAGCGUGAAAUGCAAAACUGGGAAAACAUUUUCGCGUCGUGUUCAUUCACUAAAUUAGUUGAAGCAUACAUCCGUUAGAUACGAUUCUGAUGAUGAAUGGGCGGUCGGUUAAUUGAUACCAAAAUGCGCCAAAUGAAUUCCCAUUGUUCAUGGUUCGCUUUUCACUUUUAGCCGCGUCCUUUUUCGGUGGCCGCUGAACAGGAACAGGUAGUGGGCAAUUAAAAGGGCUGAAGCAAGGAUUUACUCCUGAUUCAGCGCCAUUGUGUGUAUGUGUGGGUAUGGGUGUGUGUGAUGUCUUUAAUUAAAUUUGCCUUUAGCAGCCGCAAAUCCUUUUAUUCCAGCGCCAUUUUACUGGGGCUUCUUCCUUUUGGCAUUUGACUUUCCCCGGCUGACGAUUUUCCCUGUGUUUCAGUUUUUUUUUUCUUCUCGUUCUUGCUGAGCUGUGCUGGGCGGAUUCCAAGGAUGCAACCGCAUUUGCCCUCCGGCAGCUCCAACUCCUCGCGAAUGCUGCGGCAUCUUGUGAUUUAUUAUUAAACAUGAAUAUGAAUUCCUGGAUGGAAUAUCCUAGGCUAAGGGGAAUUGAGAAGCCAGGCAAGAACUGAGCAGAGAAAAAAGAGAAAGAGAAGAGAAACCGCUUCCCAGAACCUGUUGGCAUUUUUAUGCCAGCAUUUCUUUCUUUUUUUUAUGAUUAAUUAAAAUUUAUGCCCGAGCAAAUUACGCUGGCAUAGCCAUAGAACCCGAAGAUAUUCAGAGGCGUAUUCGUGUAUAAAUAUUCCUAUUCAGCGAGCAGCAGAAGGCAUCAAUUCCUUGUGGCCAUCAAGUCGGGGUGAUUAAGAUUAAGAGGAUUGUCAUAAAGAAGAACCCAAUUUGGGGCCAACUAAUUGAAGGCACUCGAGGGGCGCGGAAAAAGGGAAAAACUAUGCCGAAUGUCAGGAAUGUUUGGCAAAAAGACAAAAAAAAACAAAAACAAACCAGAGAAAAACUGAGCGCAUUUCAUAUUUAUUAAAGCAAUAAAAUAAAGUAGGAACCAACAACACGGGCCUUUCCGGCACGAGAGUUGUUGCCCAGAUAACGUGUCAGGACCCACAGAGAGAAAUAUCACUGUGUCACCCACACACGCAGCACAUCACACAGAGAUACUCCCACACACACACACACACACACACAUAAAUUGAGGCAGCCAUUGUUGCUUUUGGUUGCGGUUAACGUGCAAAUUUGUUGCCUUUCCCCUCACGAUUGGCCUACGGAUUUGGCCUAGGUCCCUGGGCAAGGAUUCCGACUGGAAUAAGUAAGAAGGGCAGGGCCAUAAAUUUAAAAUUAACCCUUUAGGAGCACAGCUUUUGACCUUCACAUUGGCGCCAAACGACAUUCUCAACAAUAAAUCCUCAGGACUCUCGAAUCCUUAAUCCCAUAACGAGAGACGGGCAUGAUCUCCUCGAAGGCCUUUGCGAAAUUAAUCGCCUUUGCAGGUGGCUCGGCAUCCCCUUUUUUUGUGUGCAUUUUAAAUCGGUAAAAAUAAUUCCAUUUCAUGAGAUUAAUUAAUUGAAUGAGUUUUCGAGUCUCUCAAUCGAAAUGAAAUAAUUCCCAGCAUAUUGGCUGGCAGCGGGAGAGAGGUAUAUAUAUUUUCCACAGAGCAAAGUUGUCAUUGCAACAACAAUAAUAAAUAAAUGGGAAACACGAUGUGGCCCAAGGCUUUUCAUUUUGUUUUUUUGGAAGCCGAAAUAAAAGUGAAAUGAGUAGCGAAAAGGAGGAGCCAAGGAGGAACCGAUGAGGAGCCGAAGGGCAGCAAGUGGGCUGGCUCAAGUGGCUCCUUCGCAGUCAAGACAAUUCGAAAAAUGCUUUUAAAAGGAAAUCAGUAAAGGAAUUUCGCUUAUGGGCAACUGAUUGUGCCAUCGAAUCGGGCGGAACAAGUUGAACAAGUACCGGAGGGUUUGGCGGAACAGGAAGGAAGCGAUUUCUUUUUAUUUUUUUUUGUUUUUGGUUUGAUUUUUUCUUUCUGCCUGCCACACUUGGAAAAUUGAAUUGUUUUAGAUUUUCCUCCAUUUUCGGGCUUUCCAUGGCGCAGCAUAUAAAUCAAAUUGGAUUUUCUUGUGCACUUAACUCCGAAUGGCCAAUUCCGGAAGUAUAGCCCUCCGAAAAACUCAAUCAGAGCCUGUCGAUGAAAAGUUCAUUAGCAGUAGUCGUAGUAGUAGUAGUAGUAGGCUGGCAGCUAAAUGUUCAUCGGCAUUAGCUUUAGUAAUCUAUUGGAAAAACAGUGUGAGAAUGUCGAUUAUUCGAAAUUUGCUGGAAUCACCGAAUGGCUGGACGCGACUUAAUCAAAAUAUCCAUGAAAUAAAGGGACUAAAUAGCUGCUUUUAUUUUUUCAGCCUAAAAACAGGCUGCAAGUUUAUAGCCGUUUUCGAGGCCUUGGCCAAUAUCCUGCAAAUGUGCAGCCUCUACAUGACAGAUAUGAAUGUGAAUCCUAUUCAAACCACAGAGCAGCCAGAUUUGUUAUUUGUCACUAGGGAGCCAGACAGAGAUAUGAUGGGACCUAUAACCGUGAUGCCGAUUUUUGAAUCCAAUCUCUAUUUUAGGAGAGCUAUCAGCUCAGUGACUGUCUUUAGAUCUUUGCUGCUUAUUGUAGGUGCUGAAUGGGGCAACAUAUCCUGUUUAAUCCUUUGGAUUUGCGUUACUGUUACAACCACUUUGAUCAGCUCAUUCGUUGACAUCUUGGAAGAUGGCGACCUGAUGAAAAUGUUCUUUCGCACUGUUUCAAUUUUUUUUGAAAUCUAUUUCUGCGCAGUGGUUGCCUCGUUAGUUCUGAAAUUACAGGAAAAACCUCGCCGCGAUGUUCAGGAAACGGAAGUGCUUUUCACACAAAGCGAGGAAGCAUAAGAAUUACAAGAAGAUUUCAUUAUACCCCAUAUUUAUAUUACACAUCAAGGUCAAACUUAUAUUAUUUUGAAGAUACUUGCAUUACUAAAUUUAAAAAGCGAAGAAAAUACAACAAAGCACACUAUGAA